UUCCUUCUUCGUUCUUUCCGCACCCAUCACAGCUUUGCUGGCUGUUGUCAUUGGCCAAAGCGCUCCAAAGAUCUUAGCCUGCUCAUUCAAUUUUUAGAGGACAGACCAAACAGAUCAACUUUUGAAAAAGACAAAAAAUGAUGAUAGCUUCACCGCGUCUGUUAUCAUUGGGCAACCGCUCCCUGCUUGUCAGAUCGUGUCGGUACUUUAGCAGCACUACUACUUCCGAUGGUCCAUCAUCAUUUGUCCUGUCUCAUCCGUCCACAGUGGACCAUGGCCAAACAAGUCGCGGGCGCGUAAUUGCCAUUACAAGUGGCAAGGGCGGUGUGGGCAAAACCACAGUGAGCGCUAGUUUUGCAUUGGGAUUGGCAUCCCGUGGCAAAAAGACGUGCGUGGUGGAUUUUGACAUUGGUCUGCGCAAUUUGGACAUUCAUUUGGGCAUGGAACGGCGUGUGGUCUUUGACAUGGUCCACUGUCUGAUGGAAGAAUGCCAAAUUCAUCAGGCAUUGAUCAAAGACAAAAAGCGAGAACCCAAUUUGAGUUUGUUGGCGGCCAGUCAAACACGCGACAAGGAAGUAUUGACGGUGGCUGGUGUGGAACGGAUUUUGGCCGAAUUGACGAAUUCGUUUGACUGUGUGGUAUUGGACAGUCCAGCGGGAAUUGAAUCGGGUGCAAGACAUGCCAUGUUUUUUGCCGAUGAUGCCAUUAUUGUCGCCAAUCCAGAAUUGUCGUCCUGUCGAGAUGCCGAUAAAAUGGUGGGAUUCAUUGAUAGCAAAUCCAGGAGAGCGGAAUUGGGACCCGACGAAUGUCUUCCCGUCAGCAUGACACUCCUCAUUAAUCGAUAUGAUGCAGAACGAGCACAAGCCGAAGAAAGUUUGGCCAUUAAUGACAUGACCGAAUUGUUGGGAUUGCCGGUGGUGGGGGUCAUUCCUGAAAGCAGGGAUGUGUUGCCAUGUACCAAUCUCGGCAAUCCCGUCAUUACGCUUCCCGAUAAUGUGCCUGCGUCAGGAGCCUUUCAUGACAUGGUAGAUCGAUUCUUGGGAGAAGAAAAGGAGCUACGAUUCACUACUCCAGAACCAGUAUCCUUCUUCAAAAAGUUGUUUGGAUAAUCAAUUGAAAUACUGCUACAUGACAAAAACGCUGACGACAACUUUUACUAAUAAGAGUUUUUUAGUGGCAAUCAAAUGGCAGC